AUGUAUGGGUCAGCCAAACUGCUAUCCAUUAGCGUUUGGAACUCCGGCUGUUCUCAUGUUAAUAUCGACUGGUAAUUUUAAAUUUUUUAUCAAAUUUCUGUUAUACAGUCAAACCUCUUUAGCAUGACACUUAAGGGCUGGUCAAACCCUGUCUUUAUAAACAGAAUGUUACACUAUUCAGGUACUUUCUGAUAGAAGUUCUAUAAAAAAACGGGCAAGAAGCCGUGAUCAUAAAGUGGAUGUUAUACUAUUGAGGGUCACUCUAAACAGGUUUAAUUGUAUAUUUUUUAAAGGCUUUGACUUGCUUAUAGGGCUUAUAUUAUAGUAUAAUAAAGUGUUUUAUUGAAAGUUUUUACUUUUUAAAUUCAAGCAUCAAUAUGUCUGCUUUUAAAAUUUUUGUUUUUAGCAAUAUUUAUAUCAGGAAGUUGUGUAUACAAAAAGAAAAAGGUAAAGAAGACGGUGUUUGGUAACUUGUUCUGGGUUUUUAUUGUAAGUUUUUUAAUUUUGAAGCAUAAAUAUUGAUUUUCUACUUGUUAUACAACCUAACUUUUUUUAAAUUUUUAAAUAAUUUAAAAGUUUGCAGAACUCUAUAACCGGAAAAUUUAAAAGUUCAAAGAAAGCAGAUCAUUGGCUUGACUAUAGUUUAUAUAACCAUGAUUGCAGUACUACCGCUGACUGUUUAAAAAUUCAACGCAAAACUCAAAAUCCAACUGUUUGUGUAAAAAAGACAUUUAUUGAAGAUGUAAAAGCACUAGUAAAAGUGGUCGUCAUCUUUUUACCAUUGCCAGUUUACUGGGCUUUAAAUGAUCAACAGGGCUCUGUUUUUAUUAUUCAGGUAAGAACCAGCCUAAAGCAUAAACUAACACUGUAAAUUAUAGGCCCUUCAAAUGGAUUGCCGCUUAUGGGACAAUGUUCUUCUGUUACCGGAUCAAAUGUUGUUGGUCAAUGCACUGAUGGUUCUGGCGUUUAUACCAAUCCUUACACUCAUCGUAUAUCCAUUGGUUUCAAAAAUAGUCAAAGUAACGUAAGUGAAGAAGUAUUUUUAAAAUUGGCAAGAAUUGUGCUUUUUGAAAUUAAAAAAAUGAGUUUACUAUUAACGUUUCCAAAUUUAAAACCAGUUUCAGCUCUAGUUUCGGCUUUAUUUUUUUUACAUUUUAAUGUUAGUUUACGAGCCGUUUCGGAGCCGGAGCCAGGUCAUUUGCACUAAAAUUUGGAAUUUUCUUUCUCUGGGGGUAGCUUUAGAAUCUGAGCUUUGGAGUUUGAUCUGGCUUUGGAAUUUUUGGAAAUUGUAUUUAAUAUAGCAAAUAUGUUUUGAAUUUUACUUUUUUUCAUGCCAAUUUUAUAGGCCAUUACGUAAAAUGAGUGUUGGUGGCCUUGUAGCCGCUUCUGCGUUCAUUGUCUCUGCCUUUGUUCAGUUGGAAAUCAAUGUGGGUUUUUGUAAACUGUAAAACAGUAUUUAUAAAGAAAAACAGUACUUAUUAGCCAAACUUCUUUAGUAUGACUCUCAAAGGACUAGUCUAAAACUGCCAUUUUAACUAGGGUGUCACAAUAUCCAUAAUUUUUGGUAGGACGUUUAUUAUAAAGAGCGCGCUCGAGCGUUCAGAAAGCUGUUUUUGUAAAGAGAGGGUAGUACUAUUGAGGGUCAUACUAAAGAGGUUUUACUGUACUUUUAUACUUAAAAAAUAAAUUAUACUACACUUUUUUACUUUUAUGCUACAUAUGUUAAACUUCUCCAAACAAUGUAAAUCUUUAGAAAUCCUUAGCGCCUCAACCCCCACCCGGCUAUAGCUACAUUACUGUAAUCAACACAAGCAACUGCUCCUACAGUGUAACUUCUGACAACAAAACCAUUACGAUUCUAGAAGGUUCAAGUGUAGAGAAAUAUGAAGAUAUGUUUAUACAAAAACAAGGAUUUGACGUAUUUUACUUUAAACCAAAUGAAGAUUGCAUUAAUUCAAUACCUGAAAAAGUUACUUUUAAUGUUACUUUUGACUAUGGUUACUUACACAUCAGCGAAAACGGGGUUUUUAUGGCAGAAACAAGGACUGAUAAGCCUAUGUCUGGUAAUGGUGGGCAUUUUGUUGGGUAAGUGUGGGUGUUUAGUGUAAGUAUACCAUAUUCUAAAUUUAAAAAACAAUUUUUUUGUACAUUUAUGGUUAUUUUGGAUGAUACUAUACUUAAAUAUCGCCAGCCGGAAAAAUUUGAUAAUUUUUUUUGAAUUAUACGUUAUACUUGAUCUUACAAUAUUAACAGCCCUUAUUCUAGAGUAAUAGUAGCAACAGAUACAAAUAUGUAUCAAGACGGUAUAGCACUAUGUCGAGUUGAUGAAGAUAGUGCUAAUGAUGAUUUACAUUCUUGUAACUACGAUAAUCCAAAUGACUUUUACUAUUCUACUCAAUAUUAUGAUGAAGAUGAGAAGAACGACGUCGAAGAUGUUUAUGACUAUCAUACUACCACUAGCAAUGACAAAAAGGCAGUGGUAUUUAAAAACAAAGAUAUCAAACCUGGCAGGUAGGGCCUUGCAAUGUAAAAUGUAAAAAUACGGUUGGGUUAACUAAGGUGUUUAAAAAAUUAAAAAUACAAAAAGAAAUUUUAGCUGGAGACUAUACUACCUCAAUGGAAAUCCAAAAACAUCUACUAAAAACCUCACAGUAAAAUAUACAGGCUACCAGUACACACAAUAUCGACAAGGUGGUGUUUUCAUAGUCUCAUUGACUGGAGAACAUACUAAUCCAAACAUAAUGUUACAUCAAACUGUACCAAACAAUGGAGUUUCACUGUUGUGGCAAAUACCUCAACUUACUAUCAUAUCUAUAGCUGAAGUACUAAUUUCUGUCACUGGAUGGGAGUUCGCUUACAAUGAGGCCCUGCUUCUAUGA